AUGGUCACAUUACAGAAUUUAAUAAAAAAUCCAGUAAUCAAGAAAACCGGUACAGGAACAGGAACGCACGUACUCUGGAACGCUGGUACUCUGGAACUCUGGAACGCUCGUACUCUGGAACGCUCGUACUCUGGAACUCUCGUACUCUGGGACACUCGUACUCUGGGACGCUCGUACUCUCGACUCUGGGACUCAGGAACUCAGGUACACUGGAAUACAAGAACGCUAGUACCAUUGGUACAUUGGAACCUUGAAACGCUCAUACUCAGGAACUCAGGUGCUCUGGACACUGGUACCCUGGAACACUGGUACCCUGGAACACUGGUACCCUGGAACACUGGUACCCUGGGACACUGGUACCCUGGGACUCUGGAACUCUCGUACUCUGGAACUCUCGUACACUGGAACACUGUCCUGACCGCUGGAAGCACUAAAAUACUAGAAGUCGUCUGUCCUCCAAUAGCUCCUAAGUUCUAUCAUCCAAAUUGA